CUUAACUGAAUUCAGUCAGUUUGUCGCCGUCGUUCGAGUGAUAUGUCGUAUUCGUAUAAGGUUGCGGCUCUCAAAAUAUAAAAAUUUUUCAAAAAAAGAAAAGAUUAUAUUGAAUUCUCAUACUUGUUCAAUUUUUUCUUUUAAUCGUGUGUCUAUAAACGAGUUAGUGUUGUUAAAGUGUGGCGAUUGUACGAAUAUGCAAAAUUGAAUGUCGUUCGGUCGAUUCGAAUAAAAUACAGAAAAAAUCUUUGAUUCAAUUGUGAAUAAAAUUAAAAAUAUAAAUCAAAUGGUGAUGUUUAGAUACAAAAAUAAAAGAUAGAGAGCAAAAACUUCGUCAAUUUUUUUUUUGUUCACGUAAAGGUGCGUAAAGGAGAGUGAAUAAAGCAAAAAUUGAAAUUAUAGAAAGAAGAAUUCAAAAAAAUAAAUUUAAUACAAAAAUAAAGACCGUAGUGAAUUAAGUGGAUACUGGGUUAUACAUCAUACAACACAACAACAACAACUACAACAAACACAUUAUAUAAAAAUAGUUUUUCAAUGGUGUACAUGUGAUUAUUUCGGAUAUAAAAGAAAUUGAAACCGCAUCUUGGUGUUGAGCAAAUUUCAGAAUCUAAUUUCGUUGUUGUUUUUCAUUUCUCUUGUUGAUUUCGAAGAAUUUCAGAAACAAGACACUAAACGGUGAUUUACGGUGACACAAUUAAUAGAAGACAAUGAGUCUAAAAAAGGCUAGCCGCACGAAAAGUCUUUCAUUAAGCGAUGAUUUUCCACUGAGAUCACCACCUCGCACAAACCGUCCGAGCAAAAAAGUUGAGGACACCGGCAAAAUAUUGAAAUAUAUCGACGACAAUGUCAUUGGCAAAGGGGUUGCGUUUCUGGGGCCAUUCGGUCGUCGCAAAGUUGUUUAUGCAGAUUACUCGACAUCGGGCAGAUCGUUACAGUUUUUAGAAGAUUAUGUUAAUAAGGAGGUCCUACCUGCCUAUGGAGAUAUCAAUUGCACAUCAUCAGUUACAGGAUUACAGUCGAAUUUGUAUUACAACGAAGCUAAAGAAAUAAUAAGAACCGCUGUAAAUGCAUCAGAUGAUGAUGAAUUGACAUUUUGCGAAUCGGCCUACACCAGCCCAAUCGAAAGGCUCACCACACUGCUGGCAUUGAGAGAUUCAAACGUACCAACGCCCAUACUAUUCGUUAGCACAUGUGAACCGGAAAAAAAUAUCCGACCAUGGUUGGACGUUGGUGUACAAAUCGAAAAAGUGAGCAAAACGCGAGACGGUUUCUUGGAUCUGGUUGAUUUAGAGCAGAAAUUGGCAAAUUUUUACGAAAGUGGACGAAAGUUGAUGGGUCUAUUUUCGGGAUCAUCACGCUUGACGGGUAUAUUUUCGGACGAUGUGGCAACAACAAUUUUGUUACACCAGUAUUCAGCUAUUUCAAUAUGGGACUACAGCUCUACCGGACCAAGCAGUAAAAUCGACACAAACCCAUCGUUACCCGGUGCGGCUAAAGAUAUUGUAUUUUUCUCGGCAAACAAAUUCAUUGGCGGAGUUCAAGCCCCAGGUGUUUUAAUCAUAAAAAAAUCGUUGCUGUCUGAUAAUAGUCAAAUGAUUUACGAUACCGUUGGUGCUGUCGGUGCUGUGCGAGCUGGACUUGUCGUUCAACUGAAAGAAUCUGUCGGCAUACAAACCAUUAUGAAUCGUCACGAAAAAUUAUGCAAGCAAAUGUUAUCACAUAUCCGAACAAUUCCAGAAAUAAUUUUACUCGGACCAUUAGGAACGACAGCCAAAAGAAUUCCAACAUUAUGCUUUUUAGUAAGACAUCCACGUAGCACAUACUUACAUCAUAGAUUUGUAGUUGCCGUGUUAAAUGACGUAUUUGGCAUACAAGCUACGGCCCAAAAUUCUAUCGUUGAAGCAAUGGGAAUCAAUAACAAACUGAUCGUUGAAUACGAUCGGCUGGUUACGGACGAAUCAUUGAAUUUGCAAUCGAUCAAACCGGGCUACACACAAAUCACAUUACCAUUUUUCAUGACGGAAACCGAAGUCGGUUUCAUUUUGGAGUCACUGAAAAUGGUAGCCACAGAGGCAUGGAAACUUUUGCCACAAUACGAAGUUGUGCCGGAAACUGGUGAGUGGAGGCAUCAUUCAAAUUCGCUAGCCAAAGAACGAAAGUGGUUGGGUGCUAUACGUUAUACGGAUGGUAGGAUGAUGUUUAACGAUCGCCGUAUUUCGGGACCGGGUCUAUUUCCGCAGAACUAUUCCGAUUGCCUGCAGACCGCCCGAAAUCUAUUCAGUCGGGCGAGGAAAGUGGCCCAAAAGUCAGCAACAGCAAAAGUGGUUCUUCGAUUAAAUUACGAUCAUGCUGAGACUCUUCGAUGGUACAUGCUUCCAGGAGAGGCUCAUGAAUUACUUCUCGGACAUUCACAAAACAUUAAGCAUCAAGUGCCGUUUGAUCCGAAUAAAGCAUUUGUACCAACGGCACUUUUUUACCUGACCCACCGACACAACAGUCUAUCAGCGUUGGACGUGAAGCGAUUUAAAAGUAGGAGUCUUCCCACAUCACCGAUUUCCAUACCGAUAAUAACAAGACAACAGUCAUCGCCUAGCCCGAGCAGACAGAGUCCAAUCAGUGAAAGGAAGGGAUGCAGUUCACCGCCGGUUGUGAAAUUUUCACUAGGUGGUGAGGUGACCACAUUGGCCAAUCUCAAUCAAAUGUCAUCGGGCGUAACUACACCCGACGGAAGUGUGUCAAAUCGCAACAGAUGUCAUAGUUGGUCAUCCAAUGCUGGUAUUAGUUCAUUAAGUCCACAAAUUCGAAUGAAUUUGGGACUAACAUUUCCGCAACGGUCGUCACAGCGGCCGCCGAGGCAAAGGUUAUGUUCAUGUAGUAGUCAAACGGAAAUCGACGAAGAGGUGGACGAUUCAUCCGGUCUAAACUCUCCAACCACCCAACCUUCGCUACAGCAAAUUGGAAGUGACAACGAAGACUUAGAGGCUUAUGUGAAAGAAGUUACAACUGAACUAGCAUCCGAAAUAAAAUCCGAAAUUCGUGGAGUUAUUUCAAAGGUAGAAGAUGUGCUCGACAGCAAUGCGGACAAUACGGAUUUAAGCAUUUACAAUUUGUCAUCUUUAACUAAUCUGUCCAGCGCUGAUGAGCUUCGCAAUGAUUCUGUGUCAGCAUCAGAUGUGGCAGAAUAUUUGAAAGAAUUUUCUAAGGGAAUAACCAGCCAAGUUACAUCUGAAAUUCGGGAGAUCGUCAAUGUGAUGAACGAGACAGAACAUGAUCUACAGUCACAACGCAAAAUAACUCACCGCUUCAGUGACACAUCUGCCCAAGUCGUAUCACCACCCGAAUGCACCAAACAGCGUUCCGAAUCAUUUCCAAACCCAAGCACACAGAAAUUCAAUUCAGCCCCGAAUCCGGAAAGUUCGACACCAACUUGUCCGUACACCGGUGCCAUAUCAAAACUAACCGAUCCCAAUGGAACAACGUCACAAGAUUCGGGUAUAAAUAUGUACUUCCACGAUCAGGAUGACACCCGUCUGCGGACAAUUGUUGAGGGAGCUUCGAACGAAAGAGUACGUACACUAUCCAGACAGUCAGUGGUAUCGGAAAGCGUUGACGGCAUCGAACCGGAUUCGUGUUGUUCGUCGCAAACGAAAUGCAAAUGCGUUAGGAACCAUAAUGAUCAUGCGUCGCGGGCGUCAAGCAAAUAUACGAAAAAUGAUUCGACCGAUUCGGAUAAAGAUGAAUGCAACAAAUGGCAGUACCUACCGAAUACAGUGUGGAAGCAGACAGCUGAGGCGAUCGACGAAUUCGAUAUGAUAAAAGAUGGCGACAAGAUUUUAGUUUGUCUUUCCGGUAGUAGUUCGUCACUAUGCAUGCUACAUGCGGUACGACAAUUUUCUCGGGCCCGAGGAUUGCAUAUUGAUAUUGGCGCCGUAUCCAUCGGUACAUCUGGCGUUGAUCCACGGGCACUUAUGUUAUAUUUACGAGAUUUGGAUGUUAAAUUUUUCGUGGACCAAAUUAGUCCAAUUGAAAGUCUCCGAUCGAAACUGUAUACAAUUGCACGACAGAAUAAUUACAAUGUCAUAGCAAUGGGCAACACGUUGGAUAAAUUGGCCGACGAAUUUUUGGUAUCCGUGUUGAAUAAAGGUCGCGUCUAUGCUACACAAGCCCAUUGCUUCAACCGAGACGGUGAUCUGCGUGUAAUUCGACCGUUUGUUUAUAUUAGGGAACGACACUUGGAAGAUUUCUGCAUACAAAAAGAUCUGCCAAGUAGACCGUCCAGAUUAUUUACGAAAAUCGAUGCGUCGAACAGCAUUUUAAAAGUACAAGAAGUCAUUAAUCCUGCCGUUUAUGAUAAUAUCAAAAAUGCAUUAAGGCCAUUGAUGUCAAUAAGAAUUGAAGCGACUCGGACUGCUUACGAAUACUUACAGAAGGCGGUCACGUCAAGAGAAUAAUUUGCUAUCCAGCCAUCUCUCUGGUCAGAUCUUAGUAUUAAAUUUAUUUUUUCUAAAAGUCAUUUUUUAAAAGAAAUUGUGAUGCUGUUAAGAAUAAAACAUUUUUUAAGGAAAAAAA